CUGUUGUCCUCCUCCACCGGUGUGCUUUCUGCCUUGAAUAUGAGUGUGUUGCGCUGUGGUUGGCUGCUCCGGAAAGGGGAGGAGAAUUGGGUGCUGGCAUCCCUGCAGCUGAAGCAGCCAUGAGCAGGCAGCGCCUGUAAAGCAGUGCGCGCGAGGAGGCCGGCAGCAGCGCAGGCUGGGAUCAAGGUGUGGGCACCUGGCAGCAGGAUCGCUGUCGCCCAGUAGCAAAAACAACAACCGCGAAAGCUUAGCGCUACAGGGAUAAUCGAAGCAGGACAAUAGGAAUGUAACUCCGUCAUGGGGGAGUACCACCUCCGCACGUAUGAGGACCGAGACUACGAGGCAGCCCGCACCAUAUUCUCCGAGGGGAUCAAGGAGCACGCUCCCACUGCCUACCUGCACGUUCUCAGGUGCUCCCAGACACAUCUGCUCCUGCUGGGGGUGUUUCUUGUGGCCUAUGUGACCUCUGCGUCCUUCCUCUUCUCCUUUGGAGUAGUGGCUACCCUUAUGGUCGUGGGCUUCAUUGGCAUGAAGUCCAUAUGGACCGAUUAUGUCGAAACGGCCCUUGCUACAGACCUGCUGGACAUCCGGCGGACCUACCUGGAACCAAAGGACUGCUGUUUCUGGGUGGUGGAGUUGCGCGAGGAAGUGGUGGGGAUGGUUGCUGCCGUCCAUCCAGAAGACCCAGCCUUGCAAGGCAGCGCACUGGAGCUGAAGCGCAUGUCGGUGAAGAAGGAUCACCGCGGCCACGGGCUCUCCAAGGCGCUCACCAGGGCCGUCGUCCGCUUUGCCCAGGAACGGGGGUACAAGGAGGUCGUGCUUGGUACCUCCAUGGUGCAAUACGCGGCCCAGCAGUUGUACGAGGGCAUGGGCUUCCACAAGGUCCAGGAGACCUGCCCCUCCCUCCUGGCUAAGUUCCUGCAGUUCUACAUCUACUACUAUCGUUAUGAAAUUACAGGAUCCCGCUGACAACUUUGUCCAAGGACCAAAGGGCAGCACGGACAUCUCAGCUCACCGCCUGCUUUCCGACAGGGCAGGGCGGACUGCAAUGCCCGUUUGCUCCAGACUGAAGACCAUCAAUACAUUUCUAUACCGCCCAAGAACCAUAUCUCUCUGGGCAGUUUAAAAAUACUAAAAACACAACAUAACAACGUAACAUCAAACUAUUUACCUGCAAGAAUAUAAAAUAAUUUUGCUCAAUCGCUAAGAAAUGCCCCUGGACCUGUUAAAAAAUCUCAUCGUAUGUUGUCAAAUGCCUGGGUGUAGAGCAGCCUUCCUCAACCUGGGGCGCUCCAGAUGUGUUGGACUGCAUCUCCCAGAAUGCCCCAGCCUGGCUGGGGCAUUCUGGGAGUUGUAGUCCAACACAUCUGGAGCGCCCCAGGUUGAGGAAGGCUGGUGUAGAGGAAAGCCUUAACCUGGCAUUGGAAAGGUGACAAUGUUGGUGUUUUUAUUUGUGUUGUA